AUCAGCUUCGCUUCUCUCUCCGCUGUCUUCCUCACUCUCUCUCUCUCUCUCUCUCUCUCUCUCUCUCCCACUUCGCAGUUCUCCCUGUCUCUCCCGCCUUCUGCAGCCGCCCGAGGCGAAUGUGAAUCUAGGGUUCCGGCCUUCCGUUGAAAAUGGGGUGCUUCCAUUCCAAAACCUCUAGUCUUCACUCCCCUGAGGAUGAUGAUCCCAAACACGGAGACAAGCCAGAUCACGAAGCUAAUGGCGAGGCGGGGGACCAGGAUCAGGUGCCGGCGUUCAAGGAGUACGGGCUGGCGGAGCUGAGGGCGGCAACGAAGGGCUUUAGCUCGGAGCUGAUAGUUUCCGAGAGCGGAGAGAAGGCGCCCAAUGUUGUGUACCGGGGGAAGCUCGACGGGGGGCGGCUCGUGGCCGUUAAGAGGUUCUCCAAGCAGUCCUGGCCCGAUGCUCAACAGUUUGUGGCGGAGGCUGCCGGGGUGGGGAAGCUCCGGCACAAGAGGCUGGUGAACCUGAUCGGAUGCUGUGCAGAGGGUGACGAGAGGCUUCUCGUGGCUGAGUUCAUGCCAAAUGACACGUUGUCGAGGCACCUUUUCCAUUGGGAUAAACAACCUCUUCCAUGGGCAAUGCGGGUUAGAGUGGCAUAUUUCAUUGCACAAGCACUUGAUCAUUGUAACUCUGAAAACCGGAGGAUAUAUCAUGAUCUGAAUUCUUAUAGAGUUCUUUUUGAUGAGGAUGGAGAUCCUCGCUUGUCUAGCUUUGGUCUCAUGAAAAAUAGUCGAGAUGGAAAAAGUUAUAGCACUAACCUAGCUUACACUCCUCCUGAAUUCUUGCGAACUGGAAGGGUAAUCCCAGAGAGUGUAAUCUAUAGCUAUGGCACUGUGCUUUUGGAUCUUUUGAGUGGGAAGCAUAUACCCCCAAGUCAUGCAUUAGAUCUGAUAAGAGGAAAGAGUAUGUUGAUGAUAAUGGAUUCAUCGCUGGAGGGGCAAUAUGCUAACGAGGAUGCUACAAAGCUAGUGGAACUAGCUUCGAAAUGUCUACAGUUUGAGGCUAGAGAUCGGCCUAAUUCUAAGUUUCUUCUUUCUGCUGUAUCACCACUUCAAACUCAGAAAGAGAUUCCAUCACAUUCUCUGAUGGGCAUAACCAAGACAGAACAGGUGUUGCCAACAAUGCUAUCACCACUUGGAAAGGCUUGUGCAAAGAUGGAUUUAACUUCUGUUCAUGAUAUAUUGCUCAAGACAGGUUACAAAGAUGAAGAAGGUGCAGAAAAUGAGCUUUCCUUCCAAGAAUGGACACAACAAGUGCAAGAGAUGCUGAACACGAAGAAAUUUGGUGACAUUGCAUUCAGAGACAAGGACUUCAAGGGUGCUAUUGAAUACUACUCCAAGUUGGUGGCAAUGAUGUCAGUUCCUUCUGCGACUGUUUUUGCAAGGCGGAGUCUGUCAUACUUGAUGAACGGACAGCCAGAGCUGGCCCUACGUGAUGCUAUGCAAGCUCAGGUGUGCAUGACCGAAUGGCCAACAGCCUUCUACUUGCAAGCACUUGCUCUCUCAAAGCUUGGAAUGGAAACUGAUGCGCAGGACAUGCUCAACGAUGGAGCUGCCUUUGAAGCAAAGAAGCAGAACAGCUGGCGUGGCUAGGAAGCUUUGGUGUGGUUUCAGCAUCUUCAAAUCCAAACUAUUUUAUGUUUCUUCUACCAGUAUCAAGCUUUCUCUUGGGUAUCAAUGUCAGAACAGAAGCCAGCUACUGUCAUACGAAAUCUGUUAUUAGGUAUUGAUAAUUUGUUGAGCAUGAAUUUAAUAUCUUUAGGUUAUUAAUUAUUGUCCUUGUAACAUGUGCAACGUUGCUGUCUAUCUAGCUCGCCAAAUGUUAACUUGUA